ACAUGUACUCUGUUACUCCCCAACACUGACUGUGGGACACAAUGAAAUUGAAAUUGAGGGUGUGUCAACAAAAAGGUGUGUAAUAAAUAAUAUUUGAAAUGUAUUUGAUUUAUCUUUAAAUAAUGGCAAACCAUCACAUAAUUUAUGACUUUGUUGUACAUAUUUGGCACAUUUUAGAAAAAAUCAGGGUAAGUGAAAUAUGUGGACACGAAAUGUUGCUGCAGACACACACACAGACAGGUAGACGCGCGUGGGCCCUGUUACGCCACACUCACCGCAGUUAUUGCUUAUUAAAUACAUUCCUGUGACGUCAUCACUGCGCGUCACCAGCAGCUGAUCCGGGAGCAUGUGGCGGACCGGGGCGACCUUGGUGUUAGGAGCGGGACUCGGAGCGGCGGCGAGCCGUCUGUUGAGCGCCGGAGGCCGGCGUGAGGAGGGGGAGCCGGCCUGAUGAGCCGGGUCCCGGUCAUCCCGGUACCGGAAGUCCCGACGGUGCAGGCAUCAGAGCUGCAGGUGAGCCCCGGUAGCUCAGGAGCUGUGAUGAAGUAUGGCUUCCCCUCACUGGGCAACAUCAAGACCAGAGAAUCCUAUGUCACCUCCUACGAUGCUCGCACGCGCACUGCAUCCUGGGUAAUAGAGCGGCUAAACCCCGCCUCCCUGAGCGGCCUGUCAGACAGGAAGUACUGCGAGUUCAAAGAGGAUGACAGCGUUCAUGUUUUCCACCGAGCGACCAAUGCCGACUACAAGGGGAGCGGGUUCGACAGGGGUCACCUGGCCGCGGCAGCCAACCACAAGUGGAGCCAGAAAGCCAUGGACGACACGUUCUACCUGAGCAACGUGGCUCCACAGAACCCUCACCUGAAUCAGAACACCUGGAACAACCUGGAGAAACUCUGCCGCUCCCUCACCAAACGCUACCUCAACGUCUACGUCUGCACUGGCCCACUCUACCUGCCCAGGCAAGAGGCUGAUGGGAAACUCUACGUUCGAUAUCAAGUGAUAGGACGAAACCACAUCGCCGUGCCGACACACUUCUUUAAGGUGCUGAUCCUGGAGCAGGCAGACGGCAAGGGGGUGGAGCUCCGUUCAUACGUGUUACCAAACGAACCUAUCAGCGAGCAGGUUCCUCUGGAGCGUUUCCUGGUUCCCAUAGAAACCAUUGAGCGUGCGUCAGGACUCCUGUUUGUGCCGAACAUCAUGAAGAGGACCGGCGGCGGCGUACGGGCCAUUGCUGACAGAUGAGCUGCAUUACCCACAAUCCUCUGCUUCAGACUUCCUCUAAUCACAGAUGAAUAAUGUUCGAACGUGUUUAUGAACUUAAUUAUUUAUGAACUAUCGGUGUGAGCAAUGCUUCUGAUAGAACAAACGCACAACGUACCAAAACAAAUUUAUUCAAUGUUACAAAGCAUCGGCACCUGCAAAAUAAAAAAGUCUUUUUUAACCCA